CCCCGGGCCCCCUCGGCUGCCCCCGGUCCCGCUGACAACCCUGUCCCCAGGGUGGACUCCAUCAUGCUGCUCGAAGAGGGCUUCCAGGUGACCAGCGUCGACGCCAGCGACAAGAUGCUCAAGUACGCGCUGAAGGAGCGCUGGGAGCGGCGCAAGGAGGAGUCCUUCGACCGAUGGGUCAUCGAGGAGGCCAACUGGCUGACACUGGAGAAGGACCUGGAGAAGCCGGGGGACGGGUUUGACGCAGUCAUCUGCCUGGGCAACUCCUUCGCGCACCUGCCUGACUUCAAAGGGGACCAGAGUGACCACAAGCUGGCCCUGAGGAACAUCGCCAGCAUGGUGCGGCCAGGGGGUGUCCUGGUCAUCGACCACCGCAACUACGAUCACAUCCUGGCCACGGGCUGCGCGCCGCCUGGCAAGAACAUCUACUACAAGAGUGAUUUGACCAAGGACAUCACCACCUCGGUGCUGCUAGUAAACAACAAGGCACACAUGGUGACCCUGGACUACACGGUGCAGGUCCCCCCCACUGAGGCGGGGGCAGCCCCGGAGCUGAGCAAAUUUCGGCUCUCCUACUACCCACACCGGCUGGAGGCCUUCACAGCCCUGCUGAAAGGUGCCUUCCAGGGGAAAUGCCAGCACAGCGUCCUGGGCGACUUCCAGCCCUACACACCGGGGCAGGCCCACGUCCCCUGCUACUUUAUCCACGUCGUGAAGAAGAUGGCCUGAGGGAGCCAUGGAGAUGGAACUGUGGUGGCUGGGAACAGCUCUGGGGACAAGCAAGAGGCUGGGGACAUUGCUGAGAGCAGCCUGGAAGCCCCCUCCCCUUAAUUAAGAGCACUCGUGAGAGCUACCGG